AUGCCCGUUGAUCCAAGCAACGUAUUAGAAUUUUUACUUUAUGCUCUCUCCAUACACAAGCUAAAGCAAUCCAAAAUAUUUCGAAUUCAUUCACUGUAUGAUCGUCGUUCAUUAUUACCUUGGCGACGAAAUACAAAUAGCAAUCAACCAUCGAACGGAAGAUCUUUGCCACAACUCGACAGAGACACUUUACUAGAAGAUUCUGCAGUAAUUCGUUAUAGUGGCAAUGAUAGACUCUGA